AAUAAAGUACGUCGUCCCUGAAAAUAAAUAAAGUCUGACAUAAACAAGACAAGAAUGUCUGCGUAUGCGUCGGAAGAUCAAGAAGUGGACGUAAUGUACGGAUUGCAAAAUGUUUUGACUCAAAUUCAGGCGGCAGUUGCCAGAAGGGCCAAAGAUUUACCUCAAAUAACACCAAGGCUGGUAGCUGUAUCAAAAAUAAAACCAGCGGCGCUAAUAGUCCAAGCUUACGAGGCUGGCCAGCGUCAUUUUGGCGAGAACUAUGUAAACGAGUUAGCAGAUAAGGCUAUUGAUCCUCUAAUUCUAGAAUCAUGCAAGGAUAUUAAAUGGCAUUUCAUAGGCCAUUUGCAAACCAACAAAAUAAACAAACUCCUUGGUUCACCAGGAUUGUUUAUGGUACAAACAGUGCACUCAGACAAACUGGCUGAUAAUUUAAACAAACAGUGGCUCAAGUUCAGAAAAGGGGAUGAAAAGUUAAAAGUUAUGGUGCAAAUUAAUACAAGCGGAGAAGAAGCUAAAAAUGGAGUGCCACCAUUAGAGGCAACCAACCUGUCGCAGCAUGUUAUCAAUCAUUGCCCAAACCUAGAAUAUGUUGGACUUAUGACUAUAGGACAGUACGAUUAUGAUGUGUCCCAAGGUCCUAACCCAGAUUUUAUUUCACUUGCAAAAUGCAGGCAAGAGGUGUGCAAUAAUUUGAACCUGGAUAUUAAUAAUGUUGAAUUGUCUAUGGGGAUGUCCACAGAUUAUGAACAUGCGAUUGAACUAGGAGCGACUACAAUCAGAGUUGGAUCAACAAUUUUUGGUGCAAGGCCGCCUAAACAAGCAAAAACAAACUAGAAAUCUGAAAAUAUUCGAAAAAGAUCUAUAUUUUAGUAGUUUAACAUUA